AGAACUAUCCACCAAGUUUCCAUUUUUUCAAAAGCCGCUUAUAUAUAUAUAUAUAUAUAUGCGUAUAAUAUUAUCAUCAAACUAAUUAAUCCAAUAAUCAAUCAGGUUUCGCAUAUUACGUUCGACUAGGGUUUUAAGUAUUUUUUUUCCCCAAAAGAUUGAAUGGCAGAAGGAGGACCUAAUUGGGACGGCUUGCUCAAGUGGAGCAUUGCAAAUUCUGAUGGGACGGGCAACCCAAGAAAUUUAAGUGAGGAGGAUCGGAAAUGGUUCAUGGAAGCCAUGCAAGCUCAGACUAUAGAUGUGGUCAAGCGUAUGAAGGAGAUCACUCUUGUCAUGCAAACUCCUGACAACAUCUUGGAGGAGCAAGGUGUUACAUCAACAGAUCUUGAAGAUAUGUUGGAGGAACUUCAAGAUCAUGUUGAGUCUAUUGAUAUGGCCAAUGAUCUGAAUUCAAUUGGUGGUCUAGCCCCUUUACUAAAAUAUCUUAGCAACUCCCAUGCUAAUAUACGCGCCAAGGCUUCAGAGGUUGUGAGUACUAUUGUCCAAAACAAUCCAAAGAGUCAGCAAUUGGUUAUGGAUGCAAAUGGCAUGGAACCUUUGCUUACCAAUUUCACUUCUGAUGAGGAUCUUAUUGUUCGGACAAAGGCACUUGGUGCAAUAUCCUCUUUGAUUAGGCACAACAAACCAGGGGUUGCAGCCUUCCGACUUGCAAAUGGUUAUGCUGGUCUGAAAGAUGCGUUAAGCUCUGAAAGUGUCAGAUUCCAGAGGAAAGCACUGAAUUUGAUUCAAUACUUGAUCGAAGAGAAUCCCAGCGACUGCAAUAUUGUCUCUGAGCUUGGCUUUCCACGCAUCUUGACACACCUGACCACUAGUGAAGAUCCAGAAGUACGGGAAGGUGCAUUGAGGGGUCUUUAUGAGCUUGCCAAGGCAAAAAAAGUAAGUUCAGAAGGUAGUAUGCUUGAAGAUGACGAGAAAUUGAAACAGGCUCUAGAAGAAAGAAUUGGUGCUAUCAGCUUAAUGUCAGCCGAUGAUCUUGCUGCUAUCAGAGAUGAAAGACGCCUUGUAGACUCCCUAUGGACUGUACACUACAAUGAGCCAUCAUCCCUUGUAGAGAAGGGGCUGGUUGUUCUUCCCGGUGAGGAUUCUGAUGCACCACCACCGGAUGUUGCGUCUAAGGUUUUCACGUCUCCCCUUAGAGGUUCAAAUCGACCAGCUAACAAUGACGACAAAUCUGGAGCACCUUUGUUACUUGGCCCUGGUCUUUAAGUGCAAAGUGUAGGUUGUUCAUGUUCGGUUCCUUUUUGUUAAUGGAUAUUGUAUUUGUGGGUAUAUUCACAUUCUUGUAAAUCUACUAGGACUUCUGGUGUUAUGUUUUUCUUGUUAAUGGAAGGUAUGAGUCCAUGCAUCUUA